AUGACCAAAGAUAACCACUCCAUGACAAAUGUUUUUACCCUCACUGGAUUUACAGAUCAACCAGAGCUGAAGCCCCUUCUGUUUGUGAUGUUCUCUAUUAUCUAUCUGAUCACCAUGGUGGGGAAUCUUGGUUUGGUGGCAUUGCUCUAUGUGGAGCAUCGUCUUCACACACCAAUGUACAUCUUUCUGGGCAACCUGGCCUUGAUGGAUUCCUGCAGUUCCUGUACUAUUACCCCCAAGAUGUUAGAGGGUUUAAUUUCAGAAGAAAGAUUGAUUUCCCUCUAUGAAUGCAUGGCACAAUUUUAUUUUCUCUGUUUUGCUGGAAGCGCAGCCUGCUUUCUUCUGGCAGCAAUGGCCUAUGACAGGUAUGUGGCAAUAUGCAGCCCACUGCAGUACCACACCAGGAUGUCAAAGAAACUCUGCAUUCAGAUGACCACAGGGGCCUACACUGCUGGAAAUUUGCACUGCUUGGUUCAUUUAGGGUUUCUCUUUAGGUUAACUUUUUGUGGCUCUCAUCAAAUCAAUCACUAUUUUUGUGAUGUUUUUCCAUUGUGCAAACUUUCUUGUGUUGACCCCUAUAUCAAUGAACUGAUGAUGCCCAUCCUUUCGGGGUCAAUUCAAAUCUUUACAAUUACCAUAAUCAUAAUUUCUUAUCUCUGCAUCCUUUACACUAUUUUCAAAAUUAAAUCCAAAAGGGGAAGAGGCAAAGCCUUAUCAACUUGCGCAUCCCAUUUUCUCUCUGUCUCAUUAUUCUAUGGUUCUGUUCUUUUCGCUUAUGUUCUACCAAAUUCAGUUCAAGAAGAAGAUAAAGACAUAUAUAUUGAUAUUUUUUAUACUAUGGUAAUUCCUUUUUUAAACCCUUUUAUUUAUAGUCUAAGAAAUAAGGAAGUAAUAAAUGUUUUGAAAAGAAUUAUGAAGAAUAAAGCACAUAACAUUCUGAAAGAAACAUCCUGCUCUAUAGCAAACUGA